AUGGAUUGGGGAACACUGCAGACUGUUUUAGGAGGUGUGAACAAGCACUCCACCAGCAUCGGCAAGAUCUGGCUCACAGUCCUGUUCAUCUUCCGUAUCAUGAUCCUCGUUGUGGCUGCAGAGAGAGUCUGGGGAGAUGAACAACAAGAUUUUGUCUGCAACACACUUCAGCCUGGGUGCAGAAAUGUUUGCUAUGAUCACUUUUUCCCCAUCUCUCACAUCAGACUCUGGGCCCUGCAGUUGAUCUUUGUUUCCACACCUGCGCUACUGGUGGCCAUGCAUGUAGCUUACAGGAGGCAUGAGAAGAAGAGGCGAUUCAGAAAUGGAGAGAAAAUUGAUAUUGAAGAGCUAAAAAGUGAAAAGAUUCACAUUCGUGGGCCUCUCUGGUGGACCUACACCAGCAGCAUCUUCUUCAGGAUUAUCUUUGAAGCAGUCUUCAUGUAUGUUUUCUAUUACAUGUAUGAUGGGUACCAGAUGCCUCGCCUGGUGAAGUGCGAUGCAUGGCCCUGCCCCAACACAGUGGAUUGUUUUGUGUCACGGCCCACUGAGAAAACCAUGUUUACUAUUUUCAUGCUUGCUGUGUCUGGGAUCUGCAUGAUGUUGAAUCUGGCUGAGUUGUCUUACCUGGUGAUAAAAAUUUGCAUGAAACAAACCAGGAAAACAACUGUUUUAAAAUAA